AUGGCCCACACUAUAAGCAUGGAUGAUAAUGAAACGAGGGCGAUGCAAAACAAAAGGCUUGAAGCUUUGAAGUGGCCUGACCCGGCAGAGCUCAAAAACAGAAAGGGUCAGAAUAUUCUUCAUGUUGCAGCCAAGGCCGGGAACGACAUCGUGGUCUAUAUUUUACUCGGGAGAUACAAGCAGCCCGAUAUCAUCGAGAAGCUGGUGAAUGCGAAAGAUGACGAUGGAAACACACCCCUCCAUUUGGCAUCGAUGCACAACCAUUGCGAAGUUAUGCGCUUAUUGACGAAGGACAAAAGAAUGGACUUGUCGCUUCGGAACAAUAAAGGGUUGACCGCCCUGGAUGGGGCCAUGGAAUCCAGACGCUUGUCGACGGAAAAUCCAGCGUUAGUUGGACGUGCAAUUUUGAUUGUCGCUGGUGUGCCGCGAAGCGGAGGUCGAGACGUUCUGUUGCCAGGAGAACAAGAUUCUGAAGUGAGCAAAUCAUCUUCUGCCGAAUGGAUCAAGGACCAGGUCAAUACUUAUGAUUCUAAAGCGAGCAAAUCAUCUUCUGCCGAAUGGAUCAAGGACCAAGUCAAUACUUAUGAUUCUGAAGCGAGCAAAUCAUCUUCUGCCGAAUGGAUCAAGGACCAGGUCAAUACUUUAUUGCUAGUGGCCACGCUUGUGGCCUCUGUCACGUUCACUGCGGGCUUAACCUUGCCCGGCGGAUAUAAUGCUUCUGGUGAUCCGCACCCGGGAACGGCGACCAUGCUACACCAUAGAAUGUUUCGAGCUUUCGUAAUUGCCAACAUGUUGGCCAUGUACAACUCAAUUCUUGCAGUCGUAGUCCUCCUUUGGGGUCUCAAUAGAGAUUUCUACGUUGCGGAACUAGCUUACCACUCAGCAGGGCAAUUAUUGUUAAUGGCUCUCACAGGCAUGUCAGUGGCUUUUUUUGCAGCCAUAACCGUAGCAGUGAGCAGACUUACUUGGCUCGGGAGCCUUGUUAUGUCCGUCGGAGUCCUUUACCUCGCGAUGGUCGUGGUGGUUUUAGCAGCCUUGAUAUUCCCCUCCUCCAAGACUACUAUGUUUAUUGCGGUCGUUUACUAUAUAGCGGUAUAUACAGUCAGAAGAUAUGUCAAGUUCUGUGUUGAGGUAUUUUACUAUAUGUUAGAGGAAACUGCAUUGUCAUUCAUUUUCCGUUUCCAAACAGUAGUCAGAGUUUGCAAACGUGUAUUCCGAUUACGAGAGUCCUCCUAA